CCAGUGGCACGUACGUACCACACACUUUAGAAUUUUCGUUUGUACCUCGAAUUUUAUUUUCUUCUCUUCUGUUCUUGGUGGGUGGUUCAUUUGAAUUUUGUACACAGAGAACGAAGCUUCGCAAUUCGCUAAACUCCAAAUCCCUUGUACAAAUAAUCGAUUCCUUCUAAAACAUAUAGAGAGGGCAUUAACCUCCCUUUUAAAUUCUGGUUGAGAGAUUUGUAGGUUGAGGAGGAUGGCGUGUAGGGGCUUUUGGGAGUGCCUUUUGAAACUUUUAAACUUCAUACUAACACUGACUGGUUUAGCCAUGGUGGGUUAUGGGAUCUAUUUGUUUGUUGGAUUCACUAAAGCUUCUGAUGACGACAUACCGGAAAUUUCUCCGGUCAGCGAUGACAGUGCUCUAAUUCAACUCGGCCGACCGAUGCUUUUGGCCAUGUCUCUAUCUGACAGCCUUUUUGACAAAUUGCCUAAAGCUUGGUUUAUUUACUUAUUUAUUGGCGUCGGAGCUGUUCUCUUCGUUGUUUCCUGUUUUGGUUGUAUUGGAGCUAAGACACGGAACGGUUGCUGCCUGAUUUGUUAUUCAAUUUUGGUGGCACUGCUGAUCUUGGUAGAGCUGGGAUGUGCAGCCUUUCUAUUUUUUGACAAAAGCUGGAAACAAGAAAUUCCAACAGAUAAAACUGGAGAUUUUGAUAUGAUAUAUGGGUUUCUGAGAGAGAAUUGGAAUAUUGUGAGAUGGGUUGCUCUUGGGAUUGUCAUCUUUGAGGCUCUUCUUUUCUUGUUAGCCCUUAUUGUUAGGGCUGUAAAUAGGCCAGUAGAUUAUGAUAGUGAUGAUGAGCUCAUUAUUCAAAGGCAGCAAGUUCGGCAGCCAUUGAUCAAUAGACAAACAGGUCCACCAACAGGAUUACCAGUUGCUGGGACAACGGACCAGCGCCCUAACAGAAAUGAUGCAUGGAGUACACGGAUGAGGGAGAAGUAUGGGCUUGAUACUUCAGAAUUUACAUACAACCCGUCAGAGUCACAAAGAUUCCAGCAAGUAAACUCACAGCCAACUGAGGAGAAGAGCCGCUGCACCAUAAUGUGAUCACUUCAUGGAUGCUAUUCAAAGCCAUGGCACUGGCAGGUUGACUUCCAAUUAUUGUUUUUGUAGUCACUGAAUGGUGUUGAGACUGGAAGUUUGAGAGAAAUAUAUCUUAUGUGGUGUUUGUGUUCAACUCUCACUUUAUGGGAUUAUUCCUUGACAUGGCAAAAUCAUGUUUCAUUUUGGUGUUAAUAUUGUGCUGAGGCAUCAGAAUUUACUGUGGCGUUGCUUCUGUUCAUAGUUUAAGAUAGUCGUAAAUUGUUAGGUACUGAUAUAAUUGCUUCUGAUGCCUCUCCCUUGUUGUAUUGGUAAGUUGAGUUAAAAAUUUUAUCUUGUUCUCUUAAAGAUUGAGUUAAUUUUUUUAGUUUUUA